UUGCGAAACCUAGGCAUUCACUGCAUCUUCCCCUUCAUCUGAAAAAUAAAGCUCAACAUCCAUUUCAGCUUUCAAUCCUCUGAGUUCUGCUUUGAGUUCGACCAGAGAGAGAGAGAGAGAGAGAGAUGGACACCCAAUCAGCCACGGCUAAGAGAAGCCAUGCCGUUUGUCUCCCAGCUCCAUACCAAAGCCACAUAGGAGCAAUGCUAAAACUGGCAAAGCUUCUAUAUUCAAAAGGUUUCUACGUGUCCUUCGUGAACACAGAGUACAACCAUCGACGCUUACUCACGUCAAGAGGCACUCGAGCCCUCGAUGGCUUCCCUGGCUUUCGGUUCCUAACCAUUCCUGACGGCCUUCCCCCCUCGGAUGGAGACACGAGCCAAGACGGCAAUGCUAUGUGUGAUGCUGUCAGAUAUAACAUGUCUGCUCCAUUUUCUGAUCUCAUCUCCAAUCUCAACAACACCGCAUCAAGCUCAGAUGUUCCUCCAGUCACUUGCAUUUUCACCGAUGGACACAUGUCAUUUGCCACCAAUGACGCUGCUCAAGAAUUCGGCAUCCCUAAUAUACACUUUUGGCCAAUUCCCGCCUGCGCCUUCAUGGGACUGAAACAUUACCAGACGCUGAGGGAAAAGGGUCUGGCGCCAUUAAAAGAUACCAGUUACUUAUCAAAUGGCUAUUUAGAUACAGUAAUUGACUGGAUUCCAGGAAUGAAGGGAAUUAAAUUGUGGGACCUGCCCACUUUUCUUCGAACCACAGAUCCUGACGAUGUUUUGUUCAACUUUUCGAUUGAUCUUGCUGAGGAAGCAAAUAAAGCUUCGGCAAUGAUCUUCCAUACCUUUGAUGCCCUUGAAUCGGACGUGCUUAAUGCAUUGUCAUCCAUGUAUCCUCGCGUGUUUGCAAUCGGUCCGCUUUCGUUGCAUAUAAAUAAGCUAGUGAAGGAAGAGAGUCCCCCGCAAUCAUUUGACUGCAAUCUGUGGAGAGAAGAUACCGAAUGUCUCCGAUGGCUCAGCACGAAGGAACCGAACUCAGUUCUAUACGUUAAUUUCGGCAGCAUAGCCGUGUUGACAAGAGAAGAGCUUAUUGAGUUUGCAAUGGGACUGGCCAACAGCAAACAUCCAUUCUUGUGGAUAAUUAGGCCCGACCUUGUAAGAGGGGAUUCAGCAGUUCUUCCCCUGGAAUUCAUCGAAGAAACAAAAGGAAGGAGAAUGUUUGCCAGCUGGUGUUCACAGGAGGCUGUUCUCAACCACUUGUCGAUCGGAGGGUUCUUAACGCACUGCGGGUGGAACUCUAUGAUUGAGAGUGUGUGUGCAGGAGUCCCAAUGAUUUGUUGGCCAUCUUUUGGGGAUCAGAGGACAAACUGCACUUACGCUUGUAGUAAAUGGGAGAUUGGUUUGGAGUUGUCGGGUGUGGUCAAAAGAGAGGAAGUGGAAAGGCUAGUGAAGGAACUGUUCGACGGAGACAAGGGCAAACAAAUGAAGGAAAGAAUCGCAGAGUGGAAGAAACUAGCAGAGGAGGCAACAGAUCCAAAUGGGUCAUCGUCUAUAAACUUUGACAACCUAUUGAAUGAGCUUCUAACUUAACUACAGAACCAGACGUCUGUUUGUGCAACACUGCUACCACAGGCAAUUCUUCGUUCACAACAACAUUCUACUUCUAUAGGUUUUAACUAUGAUGAAAUCAUGUAUUCGUAUCACGUGUGUUUCAAGAGGUUUACAGACUUCCUAAUUCUUCUAUUUUAUGAACUUGUUCCCUACAAGAAAGAGCUGUCUUUCCUACACCCAUCUUCUACUCUCAUUCGUAGUCAUAACUUCAAAGAUAUCUAUCGGCAUGCUUUUCUCC